GUAGAAACCAAACAUGUCGGCAUUCAAGAGAAAACGUGGAGCACAGGGUCCCGUCGAUAAAAAAACAAAGAAGGUAAAAUUUGUAGCAGACGGAGGAGAAGCACCGGGCGAAACCGAACAGGACAACAAAAACGAAGUCACAAUUCCACCUCCGGUCUCGUCGGGCAAAUGGACCAACAAGGAAAGAGUCCUCAUUUUCUCCUCGAGAGGCAUCAACUUCAGAACAAGACACUUGAUGCAAGACCUGAGGACCAUGAUGCCCCAUUCAAAAGCAGAUACAAAAAUGGACAGAAAGGACAAGUUGUUUGUAGUUAACGAGGUGUGUGAAAUCAAAAACUGCAACAAAUGCCUCUUCUUUGAGGCCAAGAAGAAGCAGGACCUCUACAUGUGGAUUUCAAACAGCCCUCAUGGACCUUCUGCAAAGUUUCUGGUUCAGAACAUUCAUACAUUGGCUGAACUCAAAAUGACAGGAAACUGCCUCAAAGGAUCCAGGCCGCUGCUGUCGUUUGAUCCGAAAUUUGACAAGGAGCCGCAGUAUGCUUUACUCAAGGAGCUCUUCACCCAGACAUUUUCCACUCCACGCUACCAUCCUAAGAGUCAGCCUUUUGUGGACCACGUCUUUACAUUCACCAUUGCAGACAACAGGAUAUGGUUUAGAAACUACCAGAUCAUCGAGGAGGAUGGCUCUUUAGUGGAGAUUGGGCCUCGCUUUGUUCUAAACCUCAUCAAGAUUUUUCAGGGGAGCUUCGGAGGGCCUACGCUCUACGAAAACCCAAAUUUCCAGUCUCCUAACAUGCACCGGCGAGAGAUCCGACUUGCAGCGGCAGCCAGAGUGCGUGAGAAGCAGAUGGUGAAGGAGAUACAGAAAAUGAAGAGGACUGAAGCAAAGGAGGAUUUGGCCAAAGACGUUACAGCGGACGUCUUCCUUACGCCAGCUGAGGAGAAGCCUGUUCACAUCGAAACAGAAGCGCCUGAGCCAAAAGUGGUGAAGAAAAACAAACACAAAGCUUUCAAAAGGCAAAGGAUGCAGAUGGCACGCAGGUAGCUGGAUGGACUGGAUGAAGCUGAGUGAAUGACUUACUGCUGCCAUGAUUCAAAUCCAUCUUAAGAAAAUGUAGUAAUGCAACAGUGCUGUCAGGUCUGAAGUCCAGUGAGCUUUUUGUGUGGUUGUUAAGAGACGAAGUAUCAGAUAUGACAGCCCUUGGAAAAAAUCUGUUAUGCACAUGUUGUGUUCCCUUUUUGUUUCCAUAGUUUGUGGAUUCAUACAACAUAUAUUUUGCUUCCUUUAUCACAAGGAUUUUGCAGAUAGCUGACCUUAAAACUCUGUUUGCAAUACUGAAAGCAACAUUUGCCCAUCCCUUUUGAUAAAAGUACAUUUUCCAUAAGUGUAAAAAAAAAACCUUGUUUAUUGAAUUUGACAAGUUAUUUUCUAUGUCACUUAAAUAAAACAAUUCAAACUUA